AUGGAUAAUGUACUUACACUAAUAGAACUAUUAAAAUCAUUUUUUGUAGCAAUAGUUUUUUUCUCCGUAGUUUUAGCCUUCUUUGGUGUAGGUGUUUUAUUUGAUGACGCAGAUGUUUUUGUCGUUGAUCUUCUUCUUCUAGCCUCCGCUGCAUCUUUUUUCUUUCUCUGCUCAUUGAUAAAAGCCCGAACUUGCUCCAUCUCUUCUGCAGUAAUUGAAGCUAAAGAAAUAAAUAUUAAAAAUAUAGAUGUGACUCAAACUUUCAACGGUUGA